AUGUACAAGCUAUUCCUCGCAACAAUCACAUUGCUCGCUACGUACGCGUCCUCUGCCGCCAUAACCAAGCCAGCAGACAACCAAGUCUCUCAAUUGGAAACCCGUGGAAAUUUCCUCGGUGAUGGCACCUGGUACACCACUGAGACAGGUCGUCCAGGUUCGUGCGGGGAGUGGCUUAAUGACGGCAUGAUGGUUGUUGCCCUCAACGCGCCCCAGAUGGGCGACACAGCCGAAUGUAACCGUCAAGUCUGGGUUACGAAUAUCACCAAUGGUGAGACUCAAGUGGCUAGAGUCGUUGACAAGUGCCCGGAAUGCCUCUGGGGUAGCUUAGAUAUGUCUCCUGCCCUCUUCUCCAGCAUUUGCGGUGGUCAGCUGGGUCUUGGUCGCGUGCCGAUCACUUGGGGUUUUUGCGACCGCGAGCACGGCUGCUAG